AUAGGAGAGAGUAAGCGCCGCUGCCUUCUCUGCUGCACAGUGCACACCGCAGUGAAAGGGUCUCCCUACACUGCCCGUACCUAUAGCGGUCUCUCUUGGCCAUUCAGUGGAUGCUGUCUUUUCUGGCAACACCAACGUCGAGCGUAAAGUGUGUUUUCGGACAAUUCGUAAGGAAUGCUUUACAUAUUUUACAUGGUUUGAAUUUUGGUUACCAAUCGAGGGGAGUCGAGAACAACGCGGUUCCCCGGCAUAUUUUACAAAGUUAUGCCAGUUCCCGACGCAACCUCUGACUCUUAGAACUUCACCAUGCUGAGCCCAGUACUAAACGCCUCUAAUGGAGACGGCUCUGAGACAGAGACCACGUCGGCCAUACUGGCCUCUGUCAAGGAACAGGAACUGCAAUUUGAACGGCUGACUCGAGAGCUGGAAGCUGAACGGCAGAUUGUCGCCACCCAACUGGAGCGAUGCAAGCUAGGAUCUGAGACCGGCAGCAUGAGUAGCAUCAGUUCAGCAGAUGAGAAGUUUCGCUGGAAUAACCAAGACGGACAGAAGGACAUUGAGGAAGAACUGACGACCGGCUUGGAGCUGGUGGACUCCUGCAUUAGGUCACUCCAGGAAUCUGGGAUACUUGACUCCCAGGAAUUCUCCGCUGGCGACAGACAAGGCCUGCUAUCCCAGAGUGCACUGCAGCUCAACAAUCAGGAUGGUUCACUCUCUUACCCAGCCGGUUACCUCAGCAACCAGGCACUAGAGGCCCUGCCCCGCAGUGGCCAGGUGGGAGGGGCAGUCCACAGUUACAACCAGGUGACGUCUAGCCGUGCGGCCCAGCUGGCUGCCAGUAUAGACUCCUCCCAGUCCAGAGAGUCGUUUGCCCAGGGCCAUGGCAGCGCCUUCCACAUGCCUGACGCCCCGCCAACUCCUUCCAUGUACUACUCUUGCUCCACCCUGCCUGCUCAACGUGUGAGCUCCCCCCACUCCAUGCAGGCCGUGGGCUCGCCCACCAAGCUUCAGCGCCUGGGCUCUGCAUCUGACAUGCCCAGCUACGCCACCCUGCAGCGGGUCUCCUCGCCCAAGCAGUCCCCCAGCCGGCUGGCCAAGUCCUACAGCACCAGCUCCCCCAUAAACAUGGUGGUUGGGUCUGCUGGGCUGUCCUCCACUUCCCCGCUGCACAUGGCCUCUUCAGGCAACGCCUCGGGCUCAUCCCCACUCCAUCAAUUCAGCUCUACCGUGGGUAAUUACGCUACCCUGUCCCCCACCAAGCGCAUGCAGCACUCCUCGGACCAGUACAAGAUCUCCCACGAGCUGUAUGCAAACGCCACCCUCGGGAGGCCUGGCAGCCUGGCAGGAUCCAGGGGCUCUUAUAGCAGCCAGCACAGUCACCUGGGCUCAGAGCUGCGACCUCUCCAGUCUCCUGAGCACCACAUUGACCCCAUCUACGAGGACAGGGUCUACCAGAAGCCUUCUAUCAGGAGUCUCAAUCAGAACCAGGCCCCGUCUUCCCCUGGUGUUGACUCCACCCCUUUGCAGCGUACAGGCAGCCAGAACGCCUCAGGCACUUUGCCGUACCAGAGAAGCAGCUUUGCCACUGCCUCGGCUGCGGACUACGCCAACCCGUACCGCACCCUCCAGUUCUGCCCGUCUACCGAGUCUCCCUACAGCAAGUCUGGCCCCGCCCUUCCCCCAGAGGCCGCACUGGCCCGCUCACCUUCUGUCGACAGUAUCCAGAAGGAUCCCAGGUACGACCCUGAAUUCCUUGUCUGGAAUCAAAAUCAAGCCGAGCAAAGAAUGACAAAGGAGUUUGGCUGGAGAGACCCAGAGCUGCCUGAGGUGAUUCAGAUGCUGCAACACCAGUUCCCCUCAGUCCAGUCCAACGCUGCAGCCUACCUCCAACACCUGUGCUUCGGAGACAACAAGAUCAAGUCUGAGAUCCGAAGGCAGGGAGGAAUCCAGCUGCUGGUGGAUCUGCUGGACCACAGGAUGACCGACGUGCACCGCAGCGCCUGUGGAGCUCUGAGGAACCUGGUGUACGGAAAGGCCAACGAUGACAACAAGAUCGCCCUGAAGAACUGUGGGGGGAUUCCAGCCCUGGUCCGCCUUCUGAGGAAGACCACCGAUGUGGAGAUCAGGGAGCUGCUUACAGGUGUGCUGUGGAACUUGUCGUCGUGUGAUGCCCUGAAGAUGCCCAUUAUCCAGGACGCCCUGGCCGUGCUGACCAACGCUGUCAUCAUCCCCCACUCGGGCUGGGACACCUCGCCCCAUCAGGAGGACCGCAAGCUGCACUUGCACUCCUCCCAGGUGCUCCGCAAUGCCACUGGCUGCCUCAGGAAUGUGAGCUCGGCGGGGGAGGAGGCUCGCAGGAGGAUGAGGGAGUGCGAGGGCCUCACCGACGCUCUGCUCUACGUGAUCCAGACCGCCUUGGGCAGCAGCGAGAUCGAUAGCAAGACCAUUGAAAACUGUGUGUGCAUUUUGAGGAACCUCUCGUAUCGACUAGCUGCAGAGACAUCUCAGGGACAGCAGAUAGGCACAGACGAGCUUGACGGAUUGCUUUGUGGCGAUGCCAACGGCAAGGAUGCCGAGAGCUCUGGUUGCUGGGGGAAGAAGAAGAAGAAAAAGAAGGCCCAUGAUCAGUGGGAUGGUGUGGGGCCCUUCCCGGACUCGGCUGACCCGCCCAAAGGCAUUCAGAUGCUGUGGCACCCCACCAUCGUCAAGCCCUACCUCACACUCUUGUCUGAGUGCUCCAACCCAGACACCCUGGAGGGGGCAGCCGGGGCUCUGCAGAACUUGGCUGCAGGCAGCUGGAAGGUACAGCACAGUACAUGGUCUGUGUAUAUCCGUGCGGCGGUGAGGAAAGAGAAAGGUCUGCCCAUCCUAGUGGAGCUGCUGAGGAUCGACAACGACAGGGUGGUGUGUGCCGUGGCCACAGCUUUAAGAAACAUGGCCUUAGACGUCAGAAACAAAGAACUCAUCGGCAAGUACGCAAUGAGAGACUUGGUCCACCGAUUGCCCGGGGGGAACAACAACAACAGUGAUGGGACUGCUGCCAAUGCUAUUGGGAAGACCAUGUCGGACGACACUAUCACGGCUAUCUGCUGUGCCCUGCACGAGGUCAUCACUAAGAACAUGGAGAACACCAAGGCUCUGCGUGAUGCUGGAGGCAUCGAGAAACUCAUCGGCAUCGCCAGGAGCAAAGGAGACAAACACACACCCAAAGUGGUGAAAGCAGCCUCUCAAGUCCUCAACAGUAUGUGGCAGUACAGAGACCUUCGCAGCCUCUACAAAAAGGAUGGCUAUUCUCAGUAUAAUUUUGUUGGCUCAUCCUCUACAAUAGAAAGAGAUAGACAAAGACCAUAUUCUUCCUCCCGCACCCCAUCCGUCUCGCCCGUACGGACAUCUCCAAAUAAUCGAUCAGCAAGUGCCCCUGCCUCUCCCCGAGAGAUGAUCAGCAUUAAGGAGAGGAAGACAGACUACGAAUCAACGGGCACCAAUGCCAGUUACCAUGGCAACAAGGUUGAGCACACUUCGAGGAAAGAUGCCAUGGCAGUUCAAAUUUCAAGUGGAACCUCAACAUUGUUCCGAGGUGCCUACGUCUCUCCUAGUGAUGACAUCAAACACAACCAGGUCCCUUCCCAGGGCCCCAACCCAGGCCAUGAGCCCUACCCUCCGUUCCAGAACCCUCCUGGAGUACAGUUUGAGGAGGCAUUCUACGAGGACCAAGUGCACCAACGCCCUCCUCAGGCCACAGACUUGAACAUGCACCUGGGCCUCAAGUCCACCGGCAACUAUGUGGACUUCUACUCAGCGUCCCGCCCAUAUAGUGAACUCAACUAUGAGACCAGUCACUACCCGGCCUCCCCGGACUCCUGGGUCUAGUGGACUAUAGAGGAAGUACUGGUCGUCAGCAGUGUGCUGGGAUGGGGGGAGAGGAGCCGAAAGAGAGAGUAAGACAAAAAGGCCAUGCAUGCUUGCAUGCACACCACAAGACAUUUCUUCAGCGAGUUUAGUUUGUCCUAGAGAGCGAUGUCCCGCGCCCAUAUGUCUUUGAAGAAAGAAGGAGAGAGAGAGACAGUCACAGAGCAGAAGGGAUAGAAAGAGAGAGUCAGAAAGAGAGGAGGAGGGAGGGAAAGAGAGGAAGAAAGAAAGAAAGAGUAUGAUCUUGUAAGGAAACGACUCACAAAAGGCAAAAGGAAGGUGUUAAAUGAUGGGGUCACCACCAGAAGCUUGGAGCGUUGAAGUGUGAGGAGCGGAAUAUCUUGGAGAUGAGCAGGAGUAUUCUAGACCGAAGACAACUGUAAAUAUGUGCUAUAGUAAAGAGAUUAGUAUGUGAAGCACAAGAAAAUGAAGUGUCAUACACAAGCUAGAGAAUAGUUGUCAGUCACACUCUUAUUAGGAUUAACUUACGGCUUCAACCUGUGUUGUAUGUAAGGAGUGUCCUCUCAUGGGCAAAGGAAUUGCUUCUAGACUUUGUAUCUUUUGAUUUGUUACGAUUCUUUUUUUAUUUGUACUUUUUUAAUUCAGAAUUCUGGUGUUAAGUAUUUGAUGUACAUUACAGAGAUACAAGUGCAUUGUGUAUAUUACACAAAGACCUGUGUCCCUUUCGUCAGUGUCUCAACAGAACAUCAGUCUGUCUGUUACAUUCUGGGGGGAGAAUGGAGUGUACAAUGUCUGCACACAAACAAACAAAUACAAGCAAAUAUGUUUUAGCAGCAAAAUUAAGAAAUAAUGUUGAAGUUAUUGCUAAUCUGAUGUGAAUUGAUGGAACUAAGCAUCUCAACAGCAUCAUUCUACUCCCUUGGUGCUUUACCACUGCCUAAAACAGUUUACGGAUGGACGGUAGAUAUGCUCAAAAUACUUUUUAUUUCCUACACGCCAUGCAAUUUUGUUUGUUAAACCAUAUCUACAUGAAAACAAGUUUGUUCCUCCACAAGCCUCCUAGUGAACUGUGCUCAUGGUUAGUUUUUAAAUGUGCCAAACAUGGUUAUCUCCAAGCCGAGGGGGUAACGUUAAACUUCUGUUGAAGUUUACAUUCAACAGCAAGUCGUUGGUUCUAAUAAUCCCAGUUUGUAAAUGCUUUUUUUAUGUGUUUUAAUGGAAUAAAGCUAUAUAUAUACACUGUAACAAGACUGGAACAUUACCAGGAGACGAAAAUAAGAUCUUUGAGAGCUUAAUUCCCUCCAAAGAUGUACAAAUUAGUUGGGUCUGUGUUGUAAAAUAAUCAAUGUUUGAGAAAAUGUGUUUUCUUUUCCAGAGAGGGUUGGCAAUCAUGUUCAUGGUAGACUGUUAAUAGAGUAUGAAUAUAUAUAUUAUAUAAAUAUAAAUAUAUACUUUUUAUGUGCAGAUGUGGAUGUCACUUAAAGCAGCAACAUUAUGGAAGAGACUUGUAAAAAAAUAUAUUUGUUCACCUUCAUUUUCUGGUCUACACACUAAAAUGUUGACUUUGUGUAGUCAUGUUGUUGCUAUGUGAAAUAGGGGAGACCAGGAGCGGAAUAUCCACAGAGAUACAGAAGUUGUCACAGACCUCGUAACGACAAGAAAAGGUACUAAAAAUUAAAGCUACAGAUCUUUGUAUUUUGGUGUUUACGGAAUGUAUUUAGCUGCUUCAUAUCCCUAGCUUUGAAUAUUGAAAUUGUCACAGGUGAAUGUCUUUCACCACCUAAGAAAAUGAUCUGCUUUAUCCUUGUUGGAUUCCCUCAAACUUGUCAAUAUCAGUGGGGUGUACAGUUAUCAACAAUGGAGCUGAUGAUCCAGUGGGUAUGUUUUCUGUCAAAGAGAUGGAAACUGAAUGAAAGAGGGUUUUCCCCAGCAGGACACACGGUUUCAUAGCGAGCCCUCCUUUGAGGAAAUGUUACAAUAACAUUUAUGUGGCAACAUAGAUAAAAAAAUAUUUAAUUGCCCAGUAAUCCAUGAAUAGCUCUUCUUUCAGUCAAUGUGAAACAAAAUGGUGGUAGGCUACACACUAAAGCUGAAUUGAGGAGAAAACGGUCACACUUUAUUUAGAUAGCAAGCAGUUGUUAAUCAACAGAUAGACUAAGGUUAGGGUAAGGGUUAAGUUUAGGGUUAUGAUAAGGGUUGAGAUUAAAGCUAGGGUUAGUAGAUAGUCCAUCUGUAGAUGCUCUACAGACUAUCCAAAUAAAGUGUAUCCAAAAAAAGAAAUCUUAAAAGUUGUGACAACAAGCCCUGGUCUCCCCUACAUAUCAUUUAUAAAUCUCUCGGUCAUCUUCAGAUGCUUGAACAAUGAAUAAAUGAUGCAAAACCCAAAUUGUUCAACAUAUCCUCCAAUGAUCCCCUUCUCAUUAGUAAGCAUCUGAAAACAGACAGUCCUUGUGAAAAGUAGGCAUACCUGACAAACUGUACUGAACUAUGUCAGUAACCUUUUUGUUGCUAGACAACGUGUUUUAAAGACUUGUGAAACUUUUUAUUGUCUCAACAGAUUGCAACUGCUACAAAAAUAUAAACGGACCAUCUAAGAGUAACUGUUUUGGGGGUUGUUUGUUCGUUACCAAGAUCUAUUUGUGUGUGGUCUGCCUGUGCUCUCUGUGUUCUCAAACCUUUGGUUCAGCCAGAAGACUUGUGUUUACUCUACAUGAAUAUGCUCAUACAGCUUAGUAAAAAAAAAUAAAAAAUAAUUCUUUGAA